GCAAGAAAGGUGCUGCACCUGACCAGAAGGAUAAAGUCGGCAAGGUGAGCGGGGAUAAUAUCGAGGAUAUUGCGGAAGCACUUGAGAAAAUAAUCUUUUCGUCCACUACAGAUGAAGAGCUAUCAGCUGAAGAUGCAGACCGCCUCAUUGGAGGACUUAUUCCUAAGGCAGUGGAAAUACAAGAGAAAAAUUAGUCAGACAGUGCAGAAGUUCUUGUUAGACAGUGUAAAUACAAGAGAAAGAUUAACAUUUGUAGUCAGAUUUAAAAUAGUUUCUUGAAUUCUAAGGCCAAUGAGAUUGUAGUCAGACUAUUCAACAUCUAUGUGAAAGAAAAUGUUAGCGUUCUCUUAUGCUAAUUAUGCUAAUCAGUCAAUGAUCAAUCCAGAGGUAGCGACUUAUUUACUACAUGUAGUUUGCCAGGCUUUCGUCCAUCAGAAAAAGCUCAAGUGGAGAACUAUCCAAAUCAAAGAGCCUUGCCAACUGGAACCAACUAAAUCCCACCUGUCGUGAACAAAAUCCAUUCUACUUAUCCUAUCCUAAUUCCUAAGGACGUACGUCUAAUGUAUAGGCAGGGGCAGCCGAGGAGAUUAGUCAGGAGAAGUCGUUGCUUGUAUGGGGUGACCACGAAGACGAGGGUGGUAAGGAUGGCAAGGAUCAAGGUUCUUCUUUUAAGGCUACCGCUGAAGCAUCGUCAACGCCAUCCUUGGUCUCUUUUUCAAGGGGAAAAACCAUCGAUCCUUGGUUUCUUUUUCAAGGGGAAAAAAGAGAUGACUCUCAAGAAGGAUAUAACUCUCAAGGAAGACACCGAUGCGACGGGGUACCUCUAAUUCUUCUGCGCCAGGAGAAGUUGAUGACUCGUCCGCCAAUCUAGUCCUCCAUGGCAGAGUUUUUUCUCGUACAGGUUUCCUUGGGCCUGUUGUUGACGUGAUGAAUAGCCGAUCGGCUUCGGCUGUACACAGCUUGUCUGCACUUGUUUUAAGGACGAAUAAUGACUACAGCAUUUGGCGUGUCCAUGUCCUAUAUUAGAAUCCACUAGUAUAAUCCGUAUAUUAUUACAACGACUUACUACACUUAUCUAGUCCACUGAUCGUCGUCAUCAUCAUCCUCAUCAUCAUCAUCGUCAUCAUCAUCAUCAUCAUCAUCGUCAUCAUUUGUAGCGCACCGUAGCGAAGCCGUAGAGAAGUUGUAGCGCACCAGCCACCACCGAAUACAACUAGUACUACUCUAGUGAUGGUUAAGCGUGACUCGGCCAGCACACUCAGCCACUGAGUGGGGCACCUACUAGCACUACUACAUACUACUACUACUACUUUCAUGGUUGGGUCCCGUUGAGUGUGGCACCUCCUCCAACUACUACAUACUAGGCUCUAAUGUUUGAUAAAGAUCCCCAGCUGAACGUGACAUGGUUUGGCGGUAUGCGGUUGGGUGACGACGACAAAAACUUAAGGCUCCGUUCCGCUUUGUUAUUAGCUUAAAUACCUUGUGUGAGGUGCACUCUCUUGCCGAAGAACCAAGACGUCCUUACGGCAGUCUGCACUGUAUUUGGUGUGAGAUUCAUUGAAUUGCACUCGCACUCUCUGGCGUCAGUCCCUACUGCAAAAUGAGGAAGAGCAAGAUUAUAGAGAUGAGCAGCUUAGAUGAAUAUGAAUUGAAUUUACCGCAGAUCGUGCUCCUGGAGCGUGUGAAAGUAUGAAAUGUUGUAUGCCUUCUCUUGGUCGUAUAGCUCGGUGUGAAGGAUCCUACCUAGCUGUGAGCUCUAAAAAAAGAUGAAGACCGAUAUGGAAAAGCCGCAGAGGAUAGACACAACCAGACAUGGCACGCAGGUGACCCUAUCACGGACGACACGGGACGCGAUAUGAAAGGUGAAGACUUCGAGCAAUACUUGGUUACGGCCUACUCCUCCAGAUUUAGAUUCGAACUUUAGACGCUAAGAAUUCACCAACUCAAAAUUUAGAGAAUUUACUAGCCCUGCUCCAUCUACUCGAAAUCCUACUACUCCUAUCUAUGUAGAAGACCAUAGUUUGCAUGGACCUACCAGUGCUCAUGAGAAGCUUGAAGAUCAUUCAAGUAUGUUGUUGAUCAAAAUGGUCUACAAUCAAAUGGUCCACUGACUCAGACCGGCGAGAAGUCAACAACAACAAGUGGUUUACUGACAGGCUUGAUUCAUCAACUAUGAUCUGAUCUAAUUCAGAGCGAGAAGCGGCAAAGCAGACGCAUGCAGUCAGUUAUCUGGGUGGUUCCUCGUUACUGGAUCACAGUGAGUUGGAAGAGAGCAUCCACGAAGCCGAACGCCUCCUCAUCGAUACUCGGCUGAAUACUUUAUGCAGGCAGAAGUAUGACUUCCAGUAUCUUGCUCGGUCACACAACUCACAGCUCAACCUCAAUCUCAUUUAGGACUCCUGUCUGAUUGGCGAUUUGUCCGAUUGGCGAUUUGAGCUUUGUCGGGAAUAACUGCACAGUUGAUGGCUUAGUGGUUUAGGCGUUGGCCUGUUCACUUAUCAGACAAAACUGCCCUGAUUCUGCUCCUUAAGUAUCUUGCUCUUGGGACUUGGUCUUCUUCGGUUUCAGAUCAUUGAUUAGCCUCAUUAAGUAUUUUUUACAUGUAGCGAGUGCGAGGACCCGUUCCCAUCAUCUGCGGCCACGGGCGUUCGUCGGAGAGUAGAGAGCUGCUCUAAUGUGAGAAUACAACACGUUUCGACUAUUGGCCACAGACACAGCGAUUUUGAUAUGGACCCGUGAGUGGUUCGUGGUGU